CCCUAAUUCGUUUUCCCAUCAGAAAGGGAGACAAGAAAAAAUGGCGGGAGAGGGAGUUAUGGAAAACCCUAGAUUUUUCAUCGCACUUCAUGUAGGUGCAGGAUACCAUGCUCCUUCAAAUGAGAAAUCACUCAAAUCAGUCAUGAGAAGAGCUUGUCUUGCUGCUGCUUCUGUCCUUUGUAAGGGCCCUGGUGUAUGUAUGGAUGCUGUUUCGGCUGCAAUUCAAGUAUUAGAGGAUGACCCAAGCACAAAUGCUGGCCGAGGUUCUAACUUGACAGAAGACGGUCACGUCGAAUGUGAUGCGAGUAUUAUGGAUGGUGCAUCUGGAGCAUUUGGGGCUGUUGGAGCAGUUCCAGGUGUGCGUAAUGCCAUACAGAUUGCUAUUUGCUUGGCCAAGGAGCAGGCAGGACCAUCUUUGCUAGGACGAAUACCUCCAAUCUUUUUAGUUGGUGAGGCUGCACGUGAAUGGGGAAAGUCUAAGGGCAUUGUUUUUGGAACAGUAAAGGAGGAUAAUGAGUGGCUGGUGACAGAGAAAGGGAAAGCACAGUGGCUGAAAUACAAAACAAUGCUUGAUGAGGCCAAAACAAGGAAUGAGCUCUCACUUAUGGAGCCACAAUCAUCCAGUGCUCAAGAUACUGCACUGCAACCAAUUUCAGCAGUAGGAUCUCAACCAUGUGAUCCUUUCAAGCAGAACAGGAGGGAAGACCAACCUAGUUUUAUGCUGGAUGCUUCUGAAGAUGGUUCAGUGUCUGAUACUGUGGGGGUUAUUUGUGUUGAUGCUGAAGGACACAUAGCAUCGGGGGCUUCAAGUGGCGGUAUUGCGUUGAAGGUUAAUGGGCGUGUUGGUUUAGCAGCAAUGUAUGGUUCUGGCUGUUGGGCUAGCUCAAAAGGUUCCUCUGCGGCUCCUGACUUAGUAGGUUGCUGUGUUAGUGGCGGUGGUGAAUACUUAAUGAAAGGAUUUGCAGCUCGCGAGUGUUGCUUUUCAUCAUCACUAUCAGAAGAAGGACCAGCAUCUGCUUGCAUUAAAGUUUUGAGUUCUAUUAUACAUGAAAGCAGUAACCAAGGUGCUGACAGAAGUGCUGGAAUUUUACUUGUUCAUGCUGACGCACCCAAGACCUUGGAUUCAGAAAACUGUCAACAGCUGAGAACCAUAGAGAUUGCAGCAACCUACUCAUCAUUGUCCUUUGGAAUAGGUUAUUUUGGGAGCUCUAUGAACCAACCGAAGGUUUCAGUUCUUAGAAAUACCAGACAGCAAAGCUUAUCUGGUAUUGACCAUUUUGCAGCAAAGAUAGAUCUUACGGCAAGCAAAAACCUCCACAAGAAGAAAUCCAGACUGGUUUAAUUUGGAAUGUGUGAACUGCAAGAAAUUUUAUGUAGAAAUAGAAUCUGGAAAUAGUAAUUGUGCCAGAAAUUUGAAAUGCAAGAGUCUUCAAUGUAAUGGCGAUUACCUAUGGAUUGCUCUAAUGUUUAGUACGUAGCUGAAAAACUUUAAGCUGUAUGGCUUUGUGUGAGGCCCCUAAUUCAUAUCCUUUUCUUUUUCUUCA